AUGACUUCUUCGGUAAUUGCUGAACAGUGGGACAGUAAUGCUAUGGAUAUUGAUAAUUCUUGCCCAGGUACUGUUCCAACAAUCACUGAUAAUAACACAGAUCAACUUCGUACGGUCAAGUCAGGUCGCAAGUGGAAAUCAGUCCGGAAGGAAAGAUCCUCCGCUGUUAUAAAAGUGAAACCAUUGAAAUCAUCUUGGGAGCGUAAAAUGCAAGCGAAACAAAAAUUAAUGGAUGUGAAGAAAUUGCAGCAAGAAGUUCGAGAUAUACUAGCAGCAAAAAAAGCAGUAAAUUUGAUUUUAGCGAUUGUAUUUAUUUAUCUUUUAAAAGCUCAUCAAUUGCAGGAGAAAUUAGCAGCACGUAAAGAACAAGAAAGAAGAAGAGAAGAAAAUGCAAGAAAAGCAGAAGUUGUGCAAGUAAUCAAGAAUACACUGAAGUUAAAGAGAACGAAAAAAAAGCAGUUGAGAAGGAUCGAGAAACGUGAUACAAAUUGA